ACAAUACAGCUCUGGAAAAAAUUAAGAGACCACUGCACCUUUUUCUUUCCUGUUUUGUAGUUAAAAUAUAAAUACAAAAGAAAUGUAGUGCAGUUUAGUAGCCAUGUUUGAGUUCUCCCUAAAAAGUGCUACUGAAUUACUGCUCAUCUUCACUGGUUUUUCAGCUGCUAUCUUUACGAGAAAUGUAAUAAACGAUUUAAAUGUUUACAUUCAUUCAUGUCAGCAGAUAUUCUUAUCCAGUACGAUCAUAUGGAGUGUAUACAUUUUCAUACUUUUUCGUACUGGUCCCCUAUGGGAAUUAAACUUACAACCCUGGUGUUGUAAGCGCCAUUCUAUAACAACUGACCCUAACAUAAACCAGUGAUUUGUGUAGUAAUUUAAGUAGUUAUGAGAGAUGACUACUAAAUUGAGUAAUUUUACUUGGGAACACAAUAUACACGGUUUUCCAGCAGUAUAAAAAGGCACCCACGGAGUUCCAUCAGAGACAUGAUUGCACUUACGUUAGGGGUAAGGGGCUGGUUGCCGUUUCAAAUAAUUUUAUCCAGAGUUUAAAAUCGAUUGCUUUUCCUAACUCACUCAAUUGUUCGAUUGGAAAGGCCUGAGUAUGUUACAACAUUUAGAGGGACAUGGCGGAAGGAACCGUGGAGCAGGCUAUUGAUGGCGAGCAAGAAGAAUCAUAUUUUUACCGGGAAAGGAUGAAAUGUACACCAGAAGAGGAGACAAGACUCGAAAGGCAACACUUUUGGAAAGUGAUCGAUGCGUUUAGAUAUUACAGGAUGCAUGUUCAGGAGCGGGUAAAUCGAGCGGAGCGCCAGUUCCGGAGCCUUCCGGAGCACCACCAGCAGCUGCUGCCGGGAGUCCUGCCCAACCUGUCCCGUAUCCGUCGCAGUGUGGACCACAACCAGGAGGUGCUGCAGGCCAUUGUGCUUAACUCGGUCCACAUGUUUGAGAACAUGGAGUAUGGUGAAGAGGAUGACCUGAGAAAGGUGCGACCCUCCUCCACAUUUGACAUGGACAAGCUCAAGUCUACCAUAAAGCAGUUCGUACGGGACUGGAGUGAGGCAGGCCAGGCGGAGAGAGACUCCUGCUACAUGCCCCUCAUCCAGGAGAUCCAGAGACUCUUUCCCAGAGAUAAGUGCGAUGUGUCAAAGGUGAGUGUGCUGGUUCCGGGGGCAGGGCUCGGUCGCCUGGCGUGGGAAAUUGCUCGUUUGGGCUACGCAUGUCAAGGCAAUGAAUGGAGCUUCUUCAUGCUAUUCUCUUCCAAUUUUGUCCUCAACAGGUGUGAAAAGGUCAACUCCAUGACCCUGUACCCCUGGAUCCAUCAGUUCAGCAAUAAUAAGAGGUCAUCUGACCAGACUAGGUCAAUCAGCUUCCCAGACGUUAACCCACAGAGCCUACCUCCAAAUUCGGACUUUUCCAUGGUGGCCGGGGAUUUCCAGGAGGUCUACACAGAGCCUAACACUUGGGACUGUGUGGUUACCUGCUUCUUCAUUGAUACGGCGCACAAUGUCAUUGACUACGUGGAGACCAUCUGGAACAUUCUCAAACCUGGAGGAGUGUGGAUUAACCUUGGGCCACUGCUGUAUCACUUUGAGAACAUGGCUAAUGAGCUCUCGAUCGAACUCAGUUAUGAGGACGUCAGGGCGGCCAUUUUAAAAUAUGGAUUCCAAUUGGAGGUGGAGAGAGAGUCUGUCCCCACCACCUACACAGAGAACGAUCGGUCCAUGCUGAAGUACUUGUAUGACUGUGUUUUCUUUGUGGCACGGAAACCCGACCAUUUGUAUGCCAAUGGGCUCCAGGUUGUCCACGACAAUAGACCGGAGCUGUCACCGCGGCAGGAGAGCUGCAACAGUCUGACGUGACACUGGCUGUCAUGAACUGAGCCACGAAUGAAAAACGUUACUCGCCGGCCUUUGAGAGCAUUUCAAAAAGAGAAAUACGAUGACAGAGAAGACAAUGGACAGGUUUACUUUCAUGUUUCUUUUUUCUGUUCUCUCAUCGCCGGAACCUCUGUUUCCCCCAAGCCUAUGAGAUUGUGACAGCCACUUAAAAUGGACUGAAGUGACAAUCUCCUAUCGCCGAACUGUUUGAGUCAUCAGUUACAGAGGCACGGUUACGCCUUUGGUCUUCAUGGUGAUCUGAUGUGGUUGCAUGUGUGCCGGAGACCUGCCUCUACAUGUUCCCAAUGUAUUUAUUUUGGAAAACUGUUCUACCAAUUCUUUCUAUUUCAAGUCUUCUCUCACUUAGUCAUUUAUUGGCGUGUCAGGAGCCGGGAGUACUAAGGGUGGACAAACAUUUUCUGAUUGGACACAGAUUUUGAGCAUUACACUCUGGAUCUAGCUAUGUCCUUAAACUCAAAACAAUAAUAAAUGUGUAAUUGAUGGAGCUGGAUUAAAAUGUCAUUAUUGUUCCUAAUGCCAUUCAAUGUAAAACGGCAUUCCAUAGUGUGAUCCAG